AUGAGAGCCUACUAUACCUGUAUUGGUUAUAGAUUUUCUUUGGGAUUUAAAAAACACAGAGACGAUUAGGGUCCUUUAUCACUUUGCGUAACAAAUAGCAGACAACAUAGAAUCAAUGUUUAAUGUGCUAUUAACACCAAAAACAGUAACAAAAUUCUGCAGAUUAAUUUCUCAAGAGUGUCUCAUUCGCACCCAAAGAUUCCUAGUCCUCCCACCAGAGGUCCCAGGCGUCAGGUGAAUGACCAUCUGUUUCCAUAGUUACAAGCACACUGUGGUGGCACCGACAUGCACUGCCUUGAGAUUGCAUCCACAAUGGGAUAUUUGUUUUGAAUGUGCUGGAAAAAGUCACGGAACACAUUACUGACAUGAGUGUCAGCCUAAUCCAGAUGGGAGGACACGCUGUGGAGCAUGCAGAUGCAGGGGUCAUCCACAGCUGGGAUCCAAACCAGAUGGGUUGUUACGAGGGCUCGGAGAUGUAUGAAGGCCAGUCUUUUAAGGGUAUCAAUGAGGGGAGAGGUAGAGAAACCGGUGGUUGAUAGUCCUCGGAGAUUCCAGGGUACCUGACUUUGGCAUUACAGAAUGUCCAUCACAUCUUCAUCGGGCAGUGAGAAAGAAAACACCCCAUAAGAGAUAAAACCCUCCAUGGAACUGUAGGCCUAUUCCCCACAGUGGUCUUUAUUUGUCCCGAGCUCACAGAAAAAUGAUGCAGUUGUGUUGGAAGAUGGGAUAACGGGGGAAAUGGACAAAAACUCUCCUGGGUAGCAUGUUGGGAUGGACUGGGGCUCGAGUCACAUCUGCCGAAGAACAGAUUCUUCUCAUUAGCACUGUCCCUAUUCCCCUCCUCAUUAACAGCUGUUGAGCAGCCUCUUGACUCUCAUUCAACUCCACAUCUCAUUCACAUGGUUCUUUGCUGUACAUGGUGAUGCUAAAUGGAUGUGAAAGUGCAACAGCACUAUUUCAAAUACACAGAAGGUCUGAAAAGGACUUCAAAACAUGUGAAGGAUGCAAUAAUGUGAAUCAACAUUCAGUGAAAGAAAUCCUGGGCAUCAAACAGGCAUUUGACAAGUGGAGACGUUGGUUUGGAACAGGCCUUCUGGGAUUCAAGCAUUAUAAACACACAGACUAUUUCAAACCAGCCAAACAUGUCAGCUCCUGUCAAGCCCACUGGGCAUUAAUGUUAAACAAGUCUAUCUUCACUUUAAACUCAACCCCAGGGAAUCCCCAAUCCUACCACCAAAGGCUCCCGGUGCCAGAGUUUCCAUAGUUACACAAACUCCUGUUGUUUUCUAUCACAUGAUCAUUCACAAAUACAUUGUCGUCUUCUCUCCAUGUUGCAGGUCUAACAUCAUGCAUACAAGCUUGUAUUGGUUUCUUUGCUAAUAAUACAGACUGAAAACCUUGACCCUCAGAGUGUUUCCCUAAAUUUCUAUCGUAGAUUUAAUACAGACACAUCGUUUUCACUCCUGACUCGAACACAGACAUCUGAGAAAGAUCACGUCUACUUAUCAAUAGACAGAGGUCAGAACAUCACAUGGUAACAAAGCCUGGGAGGGAACAUUUUAAUUUGGGGCGUAUGGGUCAGAUCACAAGAGAUCCAUAUGUCUAAUCCACAUUCUACAACAUGUAGAGCUGAUACAAGGACACAUCUAUCUUCUGCCAUUCCCAGAUGCCAAUAUCUAAUAAAAAUGGGUUCAAGGUUUUCUAAAGGUGGUGUCAAAUUCUGUUCAGUAGCAGCUGAAUUAAAAGAAAGAAAUGCCAUCAACUGUUGUCCUUGGAAAGAAAAUGAUUUCCCACAUUCAGUCACAUACAGUACAAGCUUUACAUAGAGUGCAUACAUGACACAAGACUUAAAAGUUCAAGUCUUAAAAGCCGACUGACUGAUGCUGAACGCUCAGAGUCUCAUAUUUCUGUCAACUGUACAAACAUAGACACGUCUACACCAUUAGUUUGUGAAAAUCCAAACCGCUCUGGAAGUAUUGCCCUGGCAACAACUCGACCCUAUCUGACUGACAGGGGAAUAUUUUCAUUCACAGAGAGAGAUGGGCAAGCUGUUUGGUAUUCUGCCACAUGCUCUCUGUCCUGUGUUUGUCUGUCACGUUCUCAUCUCUUCUCCUCAUCAACCCUCACAGCUCUGGUUUUCUUGAUUAAUGUAAACACAUGUUCCUUAUUAACAAGGAUUCCUCUGUUCACAUUAUUCCAAAAAUCCACUCGCUAAUACAACUUUCCUGUUAUGUUUAACUAGAGCUUGUGAGCUGUUGGGUAAUGCUAGAAGAUUUUUAAGAGAAUGAGUCCUAUCAGUGCAACCGUGACCUUCAGCGUGAUGUUUCUCAAAGUGUUUGCUGUCUGAUGGGGUGUAAAGUCCCAAUCCAAUGCAAACAUCUGCCCUCUUGUCACCAUCAAUUCAGCACGGAUGAAAAACUUCCCAUCAUACCUUAUUUUGAAUACCUGAAAUAAGUUAAAUGGGUUGUGAAUCCUUUCAUUUUGACUUCAAGGUCCUAGUGAAAUGGUCAACAUACUGUAAGUUCAGCUCGCUCAGAGAUCAUCAUUACUCCAGUGUCCUGCGCUGGCCUGGCCUUUUAACACUGCAGACUUUGCUGCGUUAUUGGAUUAACAACCCAGCCUCUUUUUCUCUGUGAAAUAACUCCUCUCCGGGGAGAUUUUCAAAGGGCAGCCGGCAGGAUCUCUCCCAUAUUUCCUGCGGUAGUCUUUAAUGUAAAUUUUCGCCCUGGGAGAUGCAGACAGCCUCGUUGCAUUUCCUGCGCGUGUGUGAUCGAUCGUCCAGUCCUGACGGGUGUACGAGCUCUGUUGGUACGGCACAAGAACGGGCAGGGGAACCCAGCAUACGGUCAAAGCAACAUCACCUGUAAUCGCAUGUGUCCAGAGAGCCUCUCCUGAGAAACACGCUCGCACACAGCCACAUGUGGACGUGACUGACAUGUAAUCUCUCCCAAGACCCUCCUCCUUUCUCUUCUCCUGAUUUAUGACAAUAAAUGAAGCAUCUCUCUCCCGCACCCUCCCUCUCUCGCUCUCUCGCUCUCUUCCCUCCUCUCCUGCAUUCGCGCUCCAUCCUCUCUGCAUCGCAGCCACCCUCACAGGAUCUCACAAAAGAAAGGGAAAUGCAUGCAAACCCAGCGAGGUCGAGAAUACAGGGGAAAGUUCCGCGCUGUAGCUGAGAGUAAGUGCACACUGCGGGGAUCCGCCAGACAUGUGAAGGGUCGCCCAUCCCCCUGUCCGCUCAAGAACACGCCAGGACGGGAUGCGAUGACCUGGGUGAACGGGCAAGCAGUAAAAAGCUUCUUUUCUGUGAACCCCCACCUGUACGACAGCCAGCGAGCACUCGAGCUGCCCAAAUAGGAGGGCAUGACUGGUGAGACUGAAAGCAGCAGACGCAUACAAACGCUUCUUCAGAUACAGAGUGAGUCUGAAAGCAGCGCAGCGGGUGUUAAGUGUUACUGAGUUCACGGAGGAUAUGAGUGGAAAAGCCCCUCUGAUGCUCCUGUCUCUCUCAAACACCAGACUGAAACAGUUCAACACGGCGUCUUUUGCGAAACUGGCUCUCUCGACCUACGCAGAGGUUUUAAGGAUCUUGAAUCGUGACAAACAUCUCGGCAAUCCACAACAUCUUGUCUAAAAACAUCAAACGGCCCGGAGGAACCUGACGGAUGAAGAUUGUCACUUUAUUGUGACAUACUCACUGCGAAACAUCGGCAUUAAGUCAUCGUGAAUGUGUGCAAAACAGAGCCAGCCCCCUGACGCGGUUCCCCCAGUCCGGCUCUGUCCUCUCAGGGGAUGGCCCGGGUCGAGGAUGGACACGCAGAGGAUUAUGACAGCUCUGUGAUGUUAGAGGACGGUCAGGAUGGUAUGGACAGUAGCAGUCUGACUCCUGGCUCAGCUCGACAGGUCUGCAUCCAACGCCAUCCCAGCCACGGCUUCGGUUUCAUCGCAGGCAGCGAACGGCCUGUGGUUGUACGCUCCAUCUUUGCGGACGGACCAUCGAGCGGCAAGCUUUUCCCCGGAGAUCACAUCCUAGCCAUCAACCAGGAACUUGUGAGCGACGCGGCCCGGGAGAAAGUCAUAGACCUUGUAAGACGGUGCAAGGACUCGAUUGUUCUCACUGUGCUGCAACCGCAACAGUCACCUAAGUCUGCCUUCAUAAGUGCAGCCAAGAAAGCUCGUCUGCGAACCAAUCCCCCCAAAGUGCGCUUUUCUGAGCAAGUGUCCAUCAGCGACCCAGACUCAACCAUGCUUAAAGACAACUCUUUGCUUCUGAUACCAAAUGUGUUAAAGGUGUUUCUGGAAAAUGGACAGAUCAAAUCCUUUACAUUUGACAGCCGCACCACUGUUAGGGAUGUGAUAUCAUCGCUGCAGGACCGCCUCUCUCUACGCUACAUUGAGCAUUUCGCUUUGGUGCUGGAGUCCGGUGGACUGGCCCAGAACCAGGGACUGCAUCUGCUCCAGGAAAACCAGUCACUGUCUCAUGUAGUUCACAGGACCUACUUCCAGGGAAUGAAGUGUCUUUUCCGAAUCUGCUUCUUCCCGAAGGACCCUGCUGAUUUGUUGAGAAGAGACCCUUCUGCAUUUGAGUACCUCUACAUACAGAGUCGCAAUGACGUCAUUAAAGAGCGUUUUGGAAUGGACUGGAAGUCUGACGUGACACUUAAGUUGGCAGCCCUCCACAUCUACAUCACUGUGUCAAUCGCGAGACCCAAUCAGAAGAUUUCUCUCAAGCAUGUUGAGAAAGAAUGGGGUUUGGAACCUUUUCUUCCUCUGACCCUGUUGCCCACUGUCAAGGAGAAGAAUGUCUGCAAGACUCUUUCACAGCUGUUGAAGACGUAUCAGCAUCCUCCUCCGGCUGGUAACAAGGUUUCUCCUUUACAAGGAAAGUUACAGUAUAUGCGUGUCUUGAAUGACCUUCCACCGUUUGGAGGCUUCUUGUUUCACACAGUUGGCCUGGAUGAAAAGCAAUCAGCCACUACACUGUUAGUUGGGCCGAGGCACGGAAUCAGUCAUGUGAUUGACCUGAAGAACAACUUAACCACGGUCCUAGCCGAGUUCAGCCGUGUGGCCAAAGUCCAACUCUCCAGAGAGCAUCACGGAGUAGCCCGCGUUGAGGUUGUUAUUUUGGACGCUAAGCCCCUGGUCUUGUUAAUGGAGUGGCCAGAUGCAUCAAACUUUGCUUGUUUGAUCUCUGGUUAUUACAAGCUCUUUGUGGACCCUAAAAAGACCAUCUACUGCAGGAUACCUGGUCAGCCUUAUAUGAUCAAGGCAGAUUCCAGAAGCUCCCAUGCCCAUUCCCGCUCCGGAGCCACUGUGAUAAGCGGGAGCCGACGAGAAGAGAGAGAGGGGGCGUCCAGAGAGGCAACACAGAAGACGUCAGCACCACCCGUAUCUCAGCACCUUGGCCUGUGUCACAUCCAUCUAAAAGAGCAACAACAGCUGCAAGAGCUUCAGCUACAGGCAGAGCAGGAGCUUGACAUUAAUGAGAACCUUAUCUCGCAGGUGCAGAGUCGUUCACGAACAAAGUCUGACCCAACUGUAAAGAGCACUGAAUCAGUGGCUGAACAAGACACUCCCGCAGAUGAGAACUCAAACUUUAGGGUCAGAGCGAAAACAAUGGAGCAGUCACAGCAAGCGAAGAGGUUUUUCUGUGACUCCUGCAAAGCAAAACUCCAAGCUGACGGUUUGAUGUCAGACACUGGGGAAUCUGGAAAGCUUAUUUUACAGCAGUGCACAAAUGCUUGCGCUUCACGCGGAGGGGGAGCCGUUGACCUCAUUGCCUUACCACUCCCUGGAAAUGAGGAGGAUGAGGAGGUAGAUGAAGGGGUAGGAAAGUUGCAGCCUCCCCCUCCUGCCAUAGCUGCGCCACCACCAGGGUUUCGUGAUAACAGCUCCGAUGAAGAUGACCCGAAAAAGGGUCGGAAAGGAAUCAAAGCUGCUUCCGCUGCUACGGCAGAGGGUCAAGAGGCAGUUCCUGUAACACUGAUUGACAACGUGGCCACACGGACGGUUCAAGAUCAUGCUCAGGAGUUAGAUGAUGCACUGGUGUCCACCCUCCAGGCACUGGAAGCACUCGCUGCAUCAGAGGACUACCCACAUCAUCACCAGCAGACUCCACAGACAGCAGGGUUAAUUGUGCUUGCUGCCAUAACCCCUGAAUCUUCCUUAGACUCUGGGCAUGAGACAAAUUCAUCAGAGCUAACAGAUGUGUCUGAGAUGGUGUCAGCCAUGAAGCAGCAUCAGAACCAGGCCUAUCUUCUUGCCCACCACAUCAACAAAGAACAACUUUUUAGUCGACGAGACUUCCCCUUGACAAUCCCUGGCUGUACUACGCAAACAAUUGGGGGAGGGGCUUUUUCAAUGAGUCAGAUCCGUGGCAGGGGUGCACCAAAGUCUUUGAUCUUAAGUAAGACCGUGCCCUUAAAAGUGUGUCCCAAUCAAGGGCCUGGCAAUGCGGUGGAGCUGGGAAAAAGCCACGAAGAAUCAAAAACUGAGAAGGAUGCUGCAAACACUGAAGCAGACUCUGUCAAAGAGUCCUUGUCAGAGUCUGACAACCCACAGACAUAUGAAGAACUAAAAGCAUUUAAACAGGGUUCAAAAGAAGAGAAAUGCCCUCCUGCUAAUGAAGAAAUGUUGAGCUCCAAUACCUCUGAGGGUGUCCAGGAACAACUGUCUAGGGAAGACACCCAAGAAACAACCAACAUAGCCUUACCUGUUCUCCUACCUGUGGAUAGAACAGCAUCUGCUAACAUUUGCUCGAUGAAUAUAUGCCAAGAUGCCGAGACUGCCUCAAGUGAGACCACUAAGCCUUCACGGGAUCUUCUCCCAACUGCUGACUUGUUCUGCACAUGUCCAGUACGGCCAGAGCCAGGCCCACAGGUGCGUCUAAAAGAUCCACAAAAGGUGGUAGCGUUUCACUCAUCCUCUACAACCGAUGACGAGCAUCUCCGUGCCAAAGGACUUCAGUUAGCCAGCAACAAAGAGAGUACAGCUAAGACAACAGAUGCAAGUAUAUCUAACACUAGCACCCUGCCUCCCACUAAAUACUCACCAGUUAUGCCAGUUAAAGUAGAACAGAAAGAGAAGCCAGAGGCAAAAGUGGAAAGCACUCAGAGUAAAGCUUCUGUGGAACCGCAAAAAAUUGCUAAGAGUUUGUCAGUCCUGGUAAACCCAACACAUGUUCUGAGCUGUGCGGAAAAGGGUGCGACUAUCCCAGGAGCAGAGUUUAAGAAGCAAGCAAAUAACAAAGCCAAAUCCCAGCGUAGUACUCCAUUUAUGAGUUUCAGGAAUUUAAUUUCAGCCACUUUCCCAGCACGUCUGCGCCGAGAGACCGAUGAGCGCCGGGCUCAGCUUCAGAAGGUCAGGCAGUAUGAGCUCGAGUUUCUGGAAGAGCUGCUAAAACCUAAAACAUCACAAGGAGAGUUCUUGCCCCAGGGAUCUUCCCCAGUCCCGUCUUUUACCCCGUGUGCCUGCCAGCUCCGCACAAGUCCUGUACAGAAAGUACCUGGAAUUUCACGAGAACAGCGACGCAGCUGUGAUUGUAAGAGGAUGUGCCGGGGGAUGCGUCUCCCAGACACAGCAGUUGGCUCUGCAGUGGAACAGAGAGGAAGGGAGAGGACAGUUUCUAAAACACCCCCAGUAAUCCCAAAGAAUCCACAUGACCCAGAAGAGGUACGAAAACCUCAGACUUUGGAAAUCAAAACUACUCGAAUCCGCUCCACAAGCCUAGAGUCAAGGGAACCCAGAGAAGCACCCACAUCAUGCACCACUCGUUCAGAAAGCAUGGGUGCACCUCAGUACAAAAAGCUACAAAGACGAUAUAGUAUAGGGGAGAUUGAUAACAAUGGCAACACCCCCCUGUACGCUGAGGUCAAAACUACAAAAGCAAAGAGCUUGGAGAAAGAAAUGGAAAGAGUCAGGGCCACUGGACUUCGACUCCCAACUCCAGUGGAACCUGUACAUGCUAAAGAUGGAGAUGCAAAUAAGAAGGGAAUAUUUUUUAUUCAGGAAGAGAAGCUUCUUCAGGAAAGCCGUGAGGGUACCACCGAGGUUCUAGGGUUGCCAAGUGAGGAUACAGAGGACAGGGAAAAAUGCUGCUCCUUUUGCUUCUGUUAUCGAAAAUGUGAGGCCGCUGAUGAGAGCAGCGAAAAGGAUGAACUGUCUUAUUCCAUCCCCUUGCAGGUCUUGCCUGGAAUGCAACUAGAUUCGAGGGCAAUGCCAGUAGUGAGCAAAACUCUUCAGGUACUUGAUGCAGAGGAUUGCAGUGGAGAGGAGGAGGAGGAAGAAGAGGAGCCGCAAACACAGAGGAUUGAUCUGCGGGCCUCUGGGAACCUGGAAAGUAGUUUGGGAAGAGUACAGUCCUUGCAGGGCAAAACUUUCUCACUACCUGAUGGAUUCCUAAACGCACAACUUGAUGCCAACGAGCUGCUCUCAAUUUUAAGGCAGUGUGCCAACAGUCCCCAAAUAGAGGGUGAACCUCGCAUUCCACCUGCAAGAUUGGCAGAAUACAAGCAAGAACUUGCAGUCCAUUUUAAAGAGUUUAGGGCAUCAUGUAGGCGAGUGGCAAGUGUUGAGAAAAGUCCCUCACGAAUGUUAAAUGCUGUUACAGCUAGCUUUCAGGUGCUGUGUGACCUCACUCAGACAUUCAUUCGGCUGGUCAGAGGCGUACGCUCUGAAACUCAAAAACUACAGCUUUUACGUAAAGUAGAGGAGGUAGCGGUCAACUACACGCUUCUUCUGCGGGCUGCCGAGGAGGCAAUGGGACACUCUAGUAGCCUCCCCAAUAAAAGUGCAAGUCCUCAACUCAUUACCACCACUAACGUUGGCUCUCUGAAUCGUUCCAUCAAAACAUUGCCCAGCAAGUAAUGACUCCAUUUCACACAUAGCAUCAUGGGGUGGCAGGAAAGUCACUUGCUCGACACAAGCAACGGGGCAGGAAUCUUUUAUAAUCAUUCAUGGGUUUACAUUUUUUACUGGUCUUUCUGUUACAUUACUGCCUGCUAAACUCCAUUACUGCAUAAUACGAUUCAUUGUUAUCGUUUAUAAAGGUUGUUCCAGCUUGUAACUAGAAGAUCUUUGAUAUUAUAAAUGUGCACAUGGAGUAAGACAAAACACAGAUUGUGUAGAUUAUGGAUAACCGACAGGGCUGGUAACUCUUGUGUCUUUAGAGAAAGGUUACUGUGAAAUGGAGUUCGUUUUUGUAUGUUUAGUUGUUCCUAUAUUUAAAUCCUAAAAUAUCUGUCUUGGGAAGGGCUGGUGUUGACAGGGAGUGUCUGGGUUAUUUUGUGUUUGCAAACAUGGUUUAUAGAAUAUAUAUGGAAAAACAAUAUUAUCAUUAUUGCAAUUCCAAUUAUUGCAGACAUUAUACCUACAUAAUCUAAAAAAAAAUGUGCCCUGGGGUGGCAAAAUAUUUUAACAGAUUUUGUAAAUUAGGUAGAGAGAGAAAUGGUUAUUUGGUAAUGUGCUUGUUUUUAAAUUUGGUUGUUGUGACAUGAAUUACUCCCCUUUCACAAUAUCAUAUAAACACUGUCUGGAUUUAUAGCUCUACAGUGCUCUAAACCAACGCAUUUUUAAUGAAUAUUUAUGAACACAAGAGCCCUCUAACAAGGUAGUGGAAGGAAACACCUGCUCAGGGCAGACAAUGUAGCAGAUUUAAAUUUACUGGAAUAUCAAUUAAAUGUAGAGAGUGGUUGAGCUGAGACCAAGUGAAAUCAAAGGGGCUCCUCUUUGCCAAUGCACAAAAAUAAUAUUCUUUCUCACUCUUACACGCUCAUCCAGGACUGAUCCUGCUUCAUACCUCUUACAGAGGAAUACAGUGGCAACAUUGAUUUGUAUAAUAGUGGGGUGGGCUCUUGAUAGCCACACAAUACAGUGCAAAGGCCAAUACUUGUGUAUAUAAAAUAAUAUUGUUUUGUUUAUAUAUAUAUAUAUAUAUAGCUUAUAUAAGUGCACUGACAACAGCAUAGUACACAAUAUUUCCUGAAUAUUGCUUCAAAGUUUCUUCGACCCCAUUAUUUGAAAUGUCAUUUAUUUUUUGAUUUCCAUGUGAUGUCAUCUAUUGUGCACUCCCGAGAAAAAAAAAACCAUCCCCUCAAAUACACAGAAUAGUUUUAUAUGUAUUUUAAUAAAACCAACUGCUGUCUUAUGUCUGAAAACGUUUCUGUGUCCUCUUCCAGUCUAUGACAUCAGAGUCUACUUAUAACAGACUCUAUUACUGUGACGUUACAACAUCUCAUUGUUCUGGAGUCUUGCAUGUUGCCACUUCUAGAUUUGAAUGAAGCAGACACCAUCAUGCCGACAACUGAAAGACUGUUUAAUGCUGGAUUUAGAUUUCAAUAUAUUGUUCGAUAAACAAAAGUACAAAUAGAAACUAGUGUUUUACAAUGCUAUUUCCAUAUAAAACUACAAUUAUAAUAUGGUCAACUUGUAAAAAUAUUGAAAAGAACAUGAAAUAUUAGUAAAGCGUAGUCAUUUUGAAAAUAACACACACUGCGAGGAUUAAUCAAAAUUACAUUUUGUUUGAUUUAUCUUAUGAUUUUAGUGGUAAUGUAACCAGAGUAUCUAUAUUUUGAAGUAUAAUAAAGCAUGGAACAUGUUUAUUUUUAUAAAAUGCAUUACAGUGAAAGAUAUCAUGUUUAUACAAUUUUUAGACAUCUUCUGUCAAAAACUAGUUGCUUUGCCAAAUAGAGAUUUGUCUCUGUGUUUCAUUUCAUUUGUUGUGCGUGUUCAUAUUUAGUUCUUUGUUUCUGUCUGUUUAUCCUCACUGUAAUUCUUUUUUAUGUGCAAGGUCAUGUUUAAAAGCAAUAAAGUGUGUUAAAAAAGAACAUUUAAGUUUUGCCUGUGAGAUCCAGAGUUCAAAAUUGGCUGGCUAGCACAAUAACUGACAGCUUUCUCCAGGUAUUACAGACUUGGUUAAUUAGAAGUAAAUUGUUGAUGUUGAUCUCUUACCAAAUACACAGUAAGCAUCAUUUGAAACAAACAACAAUAAAAGAAUACUGACAGUAAUUAAAAACAACUCAAAGUUGUUCUAUAAACAAAAAAUGUCCCUCAUGUUGAACAUGACUUUCUUCUGUUGAAAUCAAAAGAAGAGGGUGAGUCAAUGAUGAAAGAAUGUUUAUGAUGAAUGAAAUAUCCCUAUUUCUCGAAAAGGACGGAGGCCAGCGGCUUCUUUUAUCAUUCCAUCAUAGCAACUUUUUUGCCAUCGCGUAAUGUUAUUGUGAAAUUAAACUCAUCUGAUCUGUUUUUAUAGAGCAUUACUCAUCAGUGUGAUGAAAUGUAUACAUUCUAUUCAUACUAAUGUCACCUCUCCCGCGAAGUAUGUCCAACUGCUCCUGGAGGCCGUUCUGCUACUAAACAUCACACUUGAUCUACGAGGAUAUGUGUCCAAGCCCUAAGCUACAUUAGCUCAUUGAAUACGUUCUUUUAUUCAAAACGCAUCACAUUAUGAAAGUAAAAUGAGUUAACACCAUUUCAUGUUGACUUUUAGUGGCAGACAUGUUUGUUCACUUCCCCUUUACAGAACAUUGAACGCCAUUCUUUAGUGCUUUCUAGCCUGCAGCUCGACUGAGGUUCAGAUCAAAGCUUUGAGUCAGAUUGAGGCAUGGUGUCGUGUUGGUUCAGCUUCAGCUUUCUGACCGAUGGCUUGACAGUCAACCUCAGGUACUCUAUGAUACGCAAAGUGAACUAUGGAAAACAAAUAGGCCUUGAGGCAAAAAAAAACAACAUCUGACAAUAUGCAA